UCACUGGCAUCCUCUGACAUUGUGAUAAUACAUUAACUUCUGUUAUUUGUGGUGUAUAAUUUUUGUCAGUUUAUCUAGAAUGCUGGUUCAUCAGGUGCCAGGUAAAACAAAGUUUGCUGUAUUUUAUGACAUCUUGUGGCAGGAAAUAUCUUUGACAUCCUCAGAUUCUUCCAUUAUCAGUUUGCCACAGAUAAGUUAAUUUAUUAGGCUGUACCAACCCAAAUCCAAGAAUAAAUAAGUUUUGCUUUGGAGGAUUUGGCCUCCUUAUCUAAAUUGAUAUCGAGCCACAUAACUGUAAAAGGUAAUGAAAUAAACCUAUCGUCUCAAUAAUCAAUUUAAGUGAAUGGAAUGUAAAAUGAGGGAUAAUGUUGAUUGAAGUAGGUUAUUGUACCAUUCUAAUACUUCAGAUCAUACUGAAGUUAUAUACACUAUACUUGCAAUUUAUUUUGUCUGGUGAAAAUUUCAUUUAAAUAGUGCUUUCCAAAGUAUCACUGUACUCUUAAAGUGUUUUGUACUAAUGUAUUUACUUUUUAAGUGUGGUCACUUGUAAUCUAGAAAAGGUUACUUUGGUUAAGCGAAUUAUUAAGUUAAGAAACAUAUAAACAAUAGGACGUUCAAUAUGUGUUUGAGUUGAUUUAGGUGAGGUGAGUGAUUUAAUUAGCUUCUGUCCUCCUUUUGUUUGGACAGGAAGAUAUGCAGUUUUUCUCAAUGCAAAGAUAUUAUCUAGUGAUCAUUUGAAGCAAAUUCAGAGACAAAUUUCACUUAGUUAUGAGACGUGCCUUUUGGUUAUUUAGUACGCUGCGGUGUGAUGUAACUUGUUAAAUACAAGGUAUUGCAUUUUUGGUAAGCUGAACAAGGGCAGGACUUAUAUAGUUAAUGGUAGGUUGCUCAACAGAGGAACUAGGAGUUUCAGGUACGUGGUUUUUUUGAAAAUUGUGUCACAGGUAGACAGGAUGGUUAAGAAAGCGUAUGGGAUGCUUGCCUUCCUUGAGUAUAGGAGUUGGGAUGUCAUUUUAUGGUUGUUGGUAAGACCACAUUUGGAGUGCUGUGUAGAAUUCUGGUUGUCCUGCUGUAUUAAAGAUAUUAUUAUAUUGGAAAAGUUGCAGGAAAGAAUGUACAAAGGUGUUAAUAGGAUUGGAGAGUUUGGGUUAAAAGGAGACGCUGGGACAUUUUCCUUGGCAUAGGAGGUUGAGGGGUGACCUUUAUAAAGGUUUAUAAAAUCAUAAGGUUCAUAAAUAAGAUGAAUCCCUCGAGGGAAAGGGAGUUCAAAACUAGAAGGCAUAAUUUUAAGGUGUGAAGAGAAAAAUUUAAAAGGGACUUGAAGGGCAACUUUUCAGAGGUUGGUUUGUAUGUGGAAUGUACUGUUAGAGGAAAUGGUAGAUGCAGAUACAGUUACAACAUUUAAAAAGACAUUUGGACAGUUACCUGAAUAGGAAACAUUACAAGGUUAUGGGCCAAACACAAGUAAAUGGGACUAGUUUAGUUUGGGAAACCUGGUCGGCAUGCACCAGUUGUUCACAUGCUGUAUGACACUAACUCUUAAUUCUCUGAACCUUUCUAUGGCUUUAUCUGCAUGUCCAAACAAUUUCGAGAAAGUUAUUGAAAAUAUUAGAUAUGCCUCUCUGAUCACUCAUUUUCCAGCAUCUUUGCAUUAAAUUUCUUCUGUUUUUCUCUUGAAGCAGUCUCAUACUCGCCAUAUUAAACUGCCACAUGUCUGUCCAAUGUUUUCCUGAAGCUGUAAGGAAUUCCUCUGGGGAACAGAUUCAGAGGACAAACUUCAGCCCAGGAAUCAAACAAGUGAGCCUUUGUUUCAUCCACUCUGAGACCCAAAAGGCAGCUCAAGCCUUCCACGGACGAGGGAUACUGGGACUGUAGCGUUUGUACGUUCAAGAACAGCGCAGAGGCUUUCAAAUGCAGUAUGUGUGAUGUCAGGAAGGGCACAUCAACACGGGAUGUGAGAAGAAGCCUGUGAACUCAGAUCUGUGAGCCUGACUUUGGUGGAUCCAUGUUAAAAUCCAGCUGACAAUGAUGAGCCCGUCCCAAGGAAAGCCACCGGUGAGCAUCACCACUUCGAAAAGCCACCCAGGACGACCUACAAGAUCCAACCCAAGCAGCAUGAAGCCACGCCCAGUAUCUCAGUUGGUGGCCCAGCAAGUAACCCAACAAUUUGCAUCACCCACACAACCAAAGAAGGAGAAAAAAGACAAGGGAGAGAAGGAAAAGAAUGAGAAAGAAACUGUCAGUAAAAAGAACAGUCACAAGAAAACAAGGCCGAGGUUAAAAAAUGUGGAUCGAAGCAGUGCACAGCAUUUGGAAGUGACUGUGGGUGACCUGACAGUCAUUAUAACAGACUUUAAGGAGAAAGCAAGGUCAGCCCCAGCAGCCACUGCUACCUCGAGUACCACUGCUGACCAGCACAGCCUGAGCAGCUCCAGCUCUGACAACACAGAAAAAGGCUUGUCUCAAUCAUCAUCACCCAGAGGGGAAGGAUCAGUAAAUGGUGAAUCCCACUAAAGUACCAGCUGACCUACUUCCUUUACUCACUCCUUGUUCAAUGAUUCAACGGACAACAUCUCAACAACUUCGGUCCUUGGCGUUCGGUGUUAACACUGGCAAAUUGGGCUGCUUUCUUCGGUCUUGGUUUCGAUGCUUUCUAAUACUUGUGUACCAACCUGGAACUCUGGCACUGCAGCAUGUUUUUGAGUGUAAUUUUCUAUAACUUAGAUUGAACUGCCUAAGUAAUGUGUUCAAGAACUGAAUUGUGAAGCAGCUGGCUUUAAGUAUUCAGUGCUAUCUUCGACUGCUGCAGUAACAAAACAAUCUCAGAAAGUUGUUUGCCUAGUUAAGUGCACCUGCUGGUACUUGGUGUGGUUAAAUAGGAAAAGCAUUCUCAAGCAUUUGUAUAAAUUCUUGCCAACGUUUUUUCAACACUUGUUAUUUGGAUGGGAAGAAAACACUUAGCCAUUAAAACUGUGGCAUUACCAAUGUCCACUGUCAUUCAUUUCAGUAAGUUACAGUUUUAAUAUGUAGUUUUGGGCUAAUUGACCAGAUUUGACUGAGGAUACAGUCCAUGCUACUUAACUGCAGCCACUCGGGUAAAGGAAUUGAGUUGCUGUAAUAUAUAUAAAAAGGAGGGUCUUUUUGCACCCUUGUCUAAAUGGAGAGGGAAUGCAGAAGAGUUGCUUGCGUGACUUUGUAGUUCAUACAUGUCCUCUCAGCUGAGCACUCCCUGCAAGAAAGGAGGAAACGCUAAUAAUUAGAUGCUUAGUAUUGUCUAAAAGUAGUUUUAAUGGUAUGUGUGGGAAUAGUUUAUGAUGAUGUUGCCAGUUCUGGAAACUUCAAGUAAGGUGUUUUGCUGAUGUUUUGAAUUUGCGACAGUAUUUAUACGUAUUGUUGUAAUAAAUAAGUUAUGCAAGAACACAUUCUAUCUUUGAAGUUCUCUUACUUCUCUACCCUGGUUUUUAAAUAGCCUUCUCUUUGUGUUGUCACUGGCAAAUUGUUUUUUGUGAUGAACCGCUUCAAAGGUGGUUGGCAGGCGAACAAAAGGAUUUGUGGAAAUGUAUGGUCUGACAUUGAAUUGGUACUAGAUACGUUUCUGUCCCUUUUUUUUCUACGUCUCAUACUUUCCAAGCAAUACAAGAAAAAUACCUCAAGGGAAUGAAACCAAUUUUUAAGGAAAAGAUAUUACAACUAAAAAAAAUAGAAACUCAAACAGAUUGGAAGUUAUAUUUAUUACCAGCAGGCAAAACACCUUUUUUUCCUUAGAAAACUAAAAACUAAAUGGUAACAAAACUAGUGGGUGAUAUGGGGAGGGCCUAGCAACUGUAUGUGGUGUCAGAUAAUGUUCCAAUGUAACAUGCAAUAAGUGGCAUAGACUGUAUUUUCAGAUGUAGGUAUUUGAUACUAAUACCUGUAUUCAGUGAUUAUAGAUUGUUUUACAUGAGAUUUUUAUAUCCUUUAAAGAAAACUCUUGGUGUUCAUGCUGAUUUGUGUAGUGUUUGGUAUAUAUUUGAUUUCUAUCAGAAAAAAAACAACUCACAAUUAAAAGAUAUUUGAAUUAUAAAGGCCAGUAUCCAUUUUUAAAAGGGGAGGCUGCGGGUUUGAAAGGGAAUAAUUGCAAUUGUUGAAGUGAAUUUUUCAAAUAAAAGCACUUGCUGUAUGACAGUAAGUAGGAUCACGUCAGAUGGUUAAUCACAUUACUCCGGGGAGAAGACUGACACAAGUAAGUCACAAAAAUUGUGCAUUUUCUUGCUUAUAUUCUUCAACUCUCCAGCCCAGUUCUCUCGCUGCUGCUCCAACUGAAGGUGUGUGUUUCUUAAUAGGGAUUAACCAAUAGGUCUCUAGGUUGCCAAAUAACCACCAAUCACACUCAAUAGUGAACCAUUUGAUUGUAAAACGCACCGCAGCUAACUGUCCAUUCCUCAUCCAUUACUGGUGUUUUAAGGAAACAGGAAAUGUGUUACUUCGUUUGUUUUAAAAUAUUGAAUAUUUCUUAUUGCUUAAAGUUGACAUUAAGGGAAUCAUUGUUUCUUUCUCUGGGAGCUGGCAGCUGUUGCCUUUCAGGUUUCUACUGGAAGAAGGAAAUCAACUGAUUGCAUCACUUUGUUUUGGUUUAAGUUUAUAUUCUCAUAACAAAGAAACAUAAUGAUGCUUUUUAUUUAUUAUAGACCAUGAGUCUUGUAACGUAAUUCUCCCAUCUGAUGUGAUGCUGGAUGAUUGACUUGCUGCUGUACCUAUUUCUCCAUGUUGCAAGACCAUCAGUUUAUUGAAGAAAUUGAUAGUGCUUCUGUGGAUGACAUUUAUAAACUAGUCAGGGCCAUCAGUAAAUCACAUCCGUUUGUUUUUCAGGGAGACUCUGAUAUUUUUUCCAAUGUGGGAACCAAAUUCUGGAAUUCCAUGAGUCUUUUGAGGAAAGCACAACCUGCAACCAUGAAAAUGGUGGUUUAUUUGAUCAAGAAUCUUCAUCCAAUUAAACUUCUUUACGACAAAUUUAUAGAUACAAGAAGUUAGUUAUCUCAUCGGAUUUGAGCUAUCAUAUUGAUGAAAAGCACAGGAUUGAGUAUGUCCAUACCCAUCUGUCUUGCGAUUCUGCAUUUGAAUGCCUCCAUUUAGAUAUUCAUAUAUUGAGUUUGUCCAUGUGCGUGUUGGUGUGAAUAAACAAAAUUCCCUUGGGUUUUAUCAAAGCACACAAGAGGUAAUCUAACAAAGUAUGAAAUAUCCACCCGAAAAUUUUUUGCAUUUACCAUAUGUUUAUAGACUGAUCUAUUAUUUACUAAAUUGGAGUGCGGUCUUAAUGAUCUUUGUGGCCUUUGAUUAGCAUUGAACUUUGCUGUGAUGCUGUCCAAAUUUGUUUGCCCUGUACUGUUCGCUCUCUAUUUUCAAGCAAGAAUUGCUAUUUAAAUUUGAUGUGAGAUGCCGGAAAAGAGAUGAAUUUUGAGAAGAUGGGGAUAGCAAUCCUGAAGUGAAAGUAUUUUCAAAAUACAGCUGAGAAUAAUCAACAGGUUGCAAAAAAUGUCAGUCAUAAAUGGGAGGGAAUAGAAAGCUACAGAAUGGGUAUGGGAAGGGCAUAGGCUAAAUUGGAGAUUAAGGAUUUCAAGUGUCAGGUGUUGGGGACUUCAAGAGCAUCAUUGAGGAUAAGGAAUGAUGCAAGACAGUUUGUGGACAAUUUGAAGUUACUUGAGAGUGAAGGAUUAGAGGCAGGUUUAGAAGAAAUAGUUUACUAAUAACAAAAGCUUGAAUUAGGGAUUCGGUGACAGUGAAGAUAAGGUAUAUCUGGAGCAGACAAUUUUAUGGAGGUGUAUUAUAACAAUGGGUAGGAUCUGGUAUCAGAAACCUAGUUGUGGGCAGAACUAAAUUUUGGAUUUACUGUGCCACAUGAAACACUAAAUAAAUGGCCAUGAAGUAAAUUGGAAUUGAUGACAAGGAGUAGACUUUACACUCAGAGCUGAUUUUUUUUGUCUGGCCUCAAAUUUGAGAAACUAUUGACUGAGUCACAGCAAUUUAAGAAAUGUGGUCAAUGCGACAGAUAAGAAAAAUGGUUUGAAGUAGAGUUUGGUGGACACUCUGUGCCUUAGGUUAUGUGACUGGGGUGAAUGUUUUGAGAAAGAAAUUAUGGAUAGGCUCUUGACAACUCUAGCGAUAGCUACAAUUAGGAAGGAAAAUAGCAAGCUCUUACGAGAAAUGCUUCAGUUGUGUUUGAGCAAGGAUGCGCAGAAUCAUGUGAAAGCAAUAUCAUGGAGUGAAACUUGGAAAAUAUAUGGUUGAUCAUAUCAAAUGGAAAGAUUUUCAUAUUUUUCACAGCACAGAUGGAGAUAGAAAUGUGACGGAUCCAUGGGCGUGUUCUAACUGUCUGUAGAUAAUACAACUGCCUGUCGAUGAAGAGGUGCAAUAAGUAAUCUGAUAUGAGAAGGUUGGAAAGUAAGACAGGAAGAGAUUGAAAGAUUUAAGACACAAUCAAAAGAUAGAAAACCCUAACCCCACCAAACAGGUGCCAGACCUGACAGAGAUGCUAAUGAAAACCAAAGAGGCCAGCCUCCACUUUGCCAACAGUUUUGGCCCAUAGAAUUCCUCCAGUGCAGAAACAAUCCAUUUGGCCCAUUGAGUCCACACCGACCCUCCACUGAGCAUCACACCAGACACCACCCCACCAUCCUAUCCUCGUAUCCCUGCAUUUCCCUACACUUUACUGGACACUGCGGGGUAAUUUAGCAUGGCCAAUAUGUCUAACCUGCACAUCUUUGGAUUGUGGGAGGAAACCGGAGCACACCUGCAUAGACAUGGGGAGAAUGUGCAAAUUCUACACACAGUAAUCCAAGGCUGGAAUCGAGCCCCUGGCACUGUGAGGCAGCAGUGCUAACCACUGAGCCACCAUGCUGCCCUGGUUCCUCCAAGUAUUGAUAUCAUGUUGUCAAUUUUAAAUAGUGGCAACAAUCUUUGGGCCAAUGGAGGUGCCAGCAAGGAGGAACUAACUCAACUAUGGAAGCUGCCUUAGUGCUUUUGAAUAUUAUCUCCUAAAAUGUAGAUUGAUAAGGAGCAGGAUAGAUGACAUACCGAUUCAACCGAUGCAAGUUGAAUGUUCAGCACUGAGUGGAAUUAUCUAUUGUUGGGGAUAAUAAGGUGUAGAGCUAGAUGAACGCAGCAGGCCAAGCAGCAUCAGAGGCCUAGACCCUAGGCCUGAAACUUCAGCCUUCCUGCUCCUCUGAUGCUGCUUGGCCUGCUGUGUUCAUCCAGCCCUACACCUUGUUAUCUUGGAUUCUCCAACAUCUGCAGUUCCUACUAUCUCAUAUCUAAUGUUGGAGUCAGGUUUUUCAAGAGGACAAUUAGGAGGCACUUCAGCAUCCAAAAAGUGGCAGAAGUUUGCAAUUCUGCUCUCCUCCCGUUCCUAUGGGAAGGCCAAAAAUGAUAAACUGUGCUGCACCGAAGGGUGACUAUGCAAAAGUUUAAGGAGGUUGUAAAUUAUGUUAAUCAUCCUUUUGUAUAUGUUUCAUUCAAGUAAGCAGUCUGUAAAUACUGCAACAUGCAUACAUUCAUGAACAUACAAUUCCAAGACACAUUUGUCUGUUCCAAAAUAUUGGUUACAUUUAAUAUUGUGCAGGAACAAGAACAGCCAAUUUAGUAGUUGGACAGAGGUAGUAAGAGAAAAUGUCUGCUACCUUUGUGUUCCUAAUCAAAUAGCUAAUUAGGAAUAUUGAAAAGGUGCUGCUGUAGCAGGCUGAGUGUCUCUGGGAUUCGGCAAAGACCGAGGUGCCAGGAGAUGCACGUAUGUAUUAGGCAUUAGGCCAAGAAUUUUAGACUUUGGCAGUUGGCACUCUGAGGAAGGCAUAUGCCAUUGAUAUUCAGUGCAGCUGAAGGCAAGGAAUUAGCAAUCCCACAAGCAGAAUUAGUUGUGCUGCUGGGCAAGAUUCAAGCUCAGAGUAACACACAGAUAUACCAGCCGAGUGAAACUAGCUAUCUAUGAAAGGCUAAAAUUAUGCCUGACAGUUGGUGCUAGAGCAUAGUUUCCAGAAUCCGGGUGAGUGCAGUCCUGAUUGUGGGAGGUACCACUAUGUGAACAGUCAGACAUUCUGUGACAGAAUGGUGUUUGAGGAGUUUCUGCAGCUAGGUCUCAAAUGAAGAAUUGGAGUUCCUUAAGUUUCAAGAAAUUUGAUGACGUACUGUCACUGAUCUCUUGAGGGAGGGGUUAGGUUCUGAGAAAUCCAUGGGAUAUAUUGCACUGCAUUUGCGACUUGAAGUGCUGUAGGGUGUUUGACCAGGUGGCUGUAACCCGUAUUUACUUCAGGUUAAAUCUAAAUGGCCGUUGGAAUAUGUUGUAGAUUGUGUUUUUCGGUUCUAACUUUAUAUAGUACAGUUUAUUGUCUGUUCAAAACCAGGGAAAUUUGUGGUUUUAUUCCUACAAGUACUUGGGAUUGCUCACUUUCUCUACUUGUUUCAAAAAAAAACUGACUGCUUCCAAGCCAGAUUCCAGCAGUCCAGUGAAAGAUUUGUGGGAUUUGAAAUCCACUGACAAAUGCAGAUGUAGCAUAAAUUGACGUUUGUUAAAAUUUUCACAAUGAAUUCUACUAUAUAUUUUGAAAACCAACUUGGCUUUGUCAGUUCCUAAGACUUUUCUGGAGAGGUGAGAUCUAUCCCAAAAUGACUUGAAAACAUUGACCAAGGCUCGGUCAACAGCAUUAGUGUGAAUGUCGGAGUUUGAAUAAAAAGCAGAGGCUAUGAAAAUGUAGUUAAUAAAACAUCUUGAAUAGGAAGAACAGUCUAAUCAGUACAAUUUGAGCUGGAGAUGAGUUGCAGAUGAAGUAGGCUGAAAUAGAAAAGGGGAAAAAUUAAUGAGAAACUUAAACUUGAAAGUCAAAGUCAAAUGUUUGAACUUGAACUCCAAAGACAGUGGUUGGCAAGGGAGGAAAAAAAUCAGCAAAAUAAACUUUGGCAACAGGAUGAUAUGAGGAUGCAUGAACUGGCUAAAGUAAACUUAGGUUAUAUGCGUAAAGAGAAAUUGACCCAGUCAAUAGUAUAGAGAAUAAACAUGGUGUCGGAAAGCCAGUUUUGUGUUCAUCACCAUAAGACAAAUCAGAUAAAACAAAUUCUUAGAAGUGAAAUGGUUAAUCAGUAGGUGAAAUAGGAAUGCUUCAGGAGUCUUCAGAAAAGACAGAACCAGGAAAGGAAGUAGUUUUUAAACAGUGACAUUAUGUACAUGAAAUGUAUUCCUUCAGAAUCAACAAAAAUGGGGGUUAUAGCUCAGGAUGGUCAACAGAAUGCUUCUUCGAAUACUGCUACAUUGAGUUUGGUUACUGGAGUUUAUAGAGCUUUUGUUUCUAAAGUAGUGUUCCCUUAAUCAUUCAACAACACAAGAAAAGAAUUUAAUGUUUUGAGAGUUAAUGGGACAGAUCAGUCAUUGAUGGUGGCUGAUGAUGUGAUUUAUGUUACAGAUUUUGAUGAAAGACAAUAUGUAUUAAUAAGGUAUUUUUAUAGGAUUUAUAAACGUGCUAAUUGGUACAAAGUUUACCAAAUGACUUAGUAGAUCGAAUUGUUGUUUGGAAAUUGUUCCUUGUUCACUUAUGGAAGGGGUGAAUUUCAUAUUACGUAAUGAUUUGGUAGGUAUAAAAUUCUUAGCAUCUCUGACAGUUACAAGUGAGCCACUGAGAUGACAGAAGUUGAGAUUUUGCCGGAGGAGUAUCUUAGACUGUUCCCUGCUUGUGCAAUAGGUGGAACCUAAGCAUCUAAGAUACGCUAAAGCAAACAAACAACUAGUCCAGAGCCCCAACAAGUUUGUUUCAGGAACGCGAGAAUAUCAAAGGCAGCAUCUAGAAUUAUUCUCUAUUAAAGAAAAACUGAUCAGUGUAGAGAUUCAAUUUUCACACUAAAAGAUUGGUUUAAAAAAUGCAAAGUAAUCAUGCCAUUUCAGCAUUAUUUCCAGACUAAAUUCAACCAACAUAGAUCUUCAAGUAAAAGUUGAUGGCCUUCAACUAACAGUCUCUGUGAAGUAUCGUGAAAAACACUUUGAACAGGAGAAGCAAUUGCUGAUGAAUCACAACAGUGGGUUGGAUGCAGAAUUGAACCAAAUACUCUAACUGUUGGAACUUCAUCUUGAAACAUGCAAGAAAAUUUUGUAUUCUGACACAAUCUGGAGAAUAAGAAAGAUGAGAUGUGCAGAAAAGAACAGCAGAUCCAGAUUCUAAAAGCAGCUGCAGAAAAUUUUAAGGAACAGGAUAAAGAGCUGAUGUGUAAAUUGAAAGUUUAAGAAGGAGUUAGUAACUAUGGAGGAAAAAACCAAAGUGAACAGAAUGCCCGUACGAAGUAGCCAAACUUCUGUAAGGGAUCUAUAUAGACUCUGAACCAAAAACAACUGAAAAGACCGGAGCAGUUGCUGAGCAGAAUGAAAAUAUCAAUUAAUUGUAAAAUAAUGGAAUAACAAAAUGUUUGCUGGUAAUGGUGAAAGAUGUUUAUAUGAAGUCAGUUUUGAAGAAUCAGUUGGAAGAAAAUGAAUGUAUGCUGUGGCACAUCGCUGUCAAACAAUAAAAAGGCAUGGUAACGACAGUAAAUCUCACUAGCUGUGGGUUUGUUUUCUUUAAACGACAAAAAUAAAUUGUACAGAAUGUAAUUGAGGGAGAUGAUUUUUUGAAGUUAGUUGUGAAUUAGAAAUACAUGCUUUCCAUGCCAAAUUGAAAAAAAAGUGCAUUUCUACCAACAGAGGAGAAAAAUAAGAAUCCCAAGUUCUUCUGCAUUUACGUUGAGAAAGCGAUGCAAAAUUCAUUUGCAUCAUAUAUCAUGAUUAAUAUGCAUCUGCAUGCAAAGUGGAAGAGACCACUAUUUAUUAUUUUUUUUUACACCAGAAAGAUUGGAAACCCAUAGUACAAAAUAGACGUAUAAGCUGGUCCAAGAUGUUUUGAAAAAAAAUUUUGAUUUAUCUCCACUGCAUUUGGUUGACCAUAAAAUUGUUAUUUAAAAAAUGUAAUUGUUAACAUUCUGCCCAAAAUCUGAAGAAGGGAUACAAGAAAAACAUUGAUGCUGAGUUAUAAUCAUGCCAUGAUUCAACUGUUGUUAAUCCUGCUUGUUACAUGUUCUUGCAUUUUUUUGUUUGAGCUUUUACAGCUAUGUUACAAUGAAGUCCAAGUGAAUGUCAUUUGUACAGUCUGUAUCAAGCUAUUUGUUAGAUAUUUAUGAUAAGAACUUGGUAUUUUCAAUAUUUUCAAAACCAUUGUAAAAGAAAUCUUCACAAUUGUGAAGGUUUCUUUCUUCCGUGAGGAAAGCGUGAUGAAAUCCUAUAUUUGUAAUCCAUUUUGUACUGUGCAAGCCAGCAAUCUGUGAAUAUUGUAACAUUCAGGGAACAGGUAGUUUUAAGUUCCUACAUUUGACUGUUCCAAAAUAUUGCUUACAUUCAAUACAAUUCAGGAACAAAGUCGGUCAGUUGCAAAGUUUUCAACAAGUUACUCAGAAAAGUUAGAGUUAUGAGAAGUUAGUGUAGUCAGUUGAAUGGAAACAGUCAGAGGAAAAGCUUGCUGCAUUUGGGCUCCUAGUCAGUCAGGUAUUCAAGAGCAAAGAGAAGAGGCUUUGAGCCAACAAGACUCAGGAUAUGUCUGGGGAGCCAGGAAGUUCCACUGCAUUUUGGGUUUAGGGAUCAGGAAAAGCGCUCGCAAUUAUAUGGGCUCAGAAGAAGCCAUGUACCAUUUACAGUUCAGUCCAGUUAAGAUUAAAGAUGUGGGAGGCCCACCAGCUGUGUCUUCUUUGUGCAGCUGAGCAAAAUUAGAAUUCAGAGAAAACAAUAGGCAGUUCUAGUGCUAUGAAGACAGCUGUCUGUGAAAACUAAAUGUGCGCCUGUGAGUAGGCGCUGGAAUCCAGGGGAGCAUAGUCUGGAUUUGGAGAGUGAACUCCAGAAAGUAAGUGGUUAUUGAACCAGUCCACAACAAAGUGGCUUUUAAGGAAACCCUGGAACCAGGUGAAGAAUAAUAAUCCCGUGUCAAGUUUUAGACAAUAAGAUCUAAGAGUAGAAGCAGGUAUUUGUCCAUCAAAUCUACUCAGCCAUUUAAUUAGAUCAUAGCUGUUCUGAUAAUCCUCAACUCCAGGUUCACUUCAAUGAGACCCACAGUGUCACUAAGGUCUUCAGGAGGAGGGGAUGGUUUCUGAGAAAUCUGUGGUUCAGUCUUGAUUGCAUUUGCUACUCCAUGUGCUCUGUAGGGUGUUUGACACAGUGUGUCUGUUACCCAUAUUUGCCUCAGGUUAAUUCUAAUUGGAUGUUAGAAUAUAUAUGUUGUAUAUGUAUGUAUACAUAUUGUAGAUUGUAUUACUGUUCUAACUUUAUACAGUAAAGUUUAUUGUGUUUGUUCAAAA